UUUCCUCCUUAAGUACAAAAUGGCAGCUAACUCGUUGUCUCCCCAAGAGUUCUCCCAGAGAAAACUGGAGAAUUUGUAUAGGAAAACCUGCAGCCGACUCUAUCCUAUAAAAGAGGGAAUUAAACUACUGCAAGAGGCCGUGCUAUUGAGGAAAGUAUUCCUGAGCGCGUGUCUUUAUGCUGCUAUACAUUUUGUCUUCUGGAACCUUUAUUAUCUUAAUGACAAUUGCUUCUCAUUCCUGGGACGUUUGCUGUUUUGGGUCCUACUGAUUGAUGGUUUCUGGGUCAUAGCAACUAGAGAUAAGACCGUACCAGGUCAGGACUCCUCUAGACUGAGAUUGAGGCUGAGGAGGAAGAGAGAGCAGACAAGUUACGUGUCUUUUGAGAAAGCAGUUAUGAAGAACACCAAAAAGCUUGAGGUAGGUGAGGUGGCUGAAUUUGAAGUUGUUUGUCUUUGGAUAGCAAUAUCUCUAAUGUGGAUGGACAAUGUUCAACUGGCAAUGAGACACUGGAACAGGGAGCAGCCAUACAUGCUAACAGUUCUAUUACUUGUCGGUGGUCUUGUGACAUGUUUGCUUGGAUACUUUAUCGAUUUUGUAUUGCUGGUCUAUAUAAUUGUUAUGCUUCUUCUCCUUUGGCCUGUGCU